AUGAGCGCGUUACCAGCAAUAGAAGAUAUCCAAACCGAGCCGUCAGGACCGUCUUCGCCUCUCGCCGUCGCCUUAGAGGUCCUCUUCGAACGCUCUCCUAUCUUGAUCAAUGUCCUUGAGCCGCAACUUUCCGCCGUUCUCAAGUCCAAGUCUUCAGUCAUAUCAUAUACGGACCUAAUCAAUGAUGCUUUGGAAGAAAUCGAAAAGUGGGACGUUACAGCGCAGUCGGAGUUUAUAUCUGGGCACCCCCGCAUCGGAGAGAGCAAGAACCUCUCGACACUUAGUGCAAGCGAGCAAGGUGCUCAAGGAUUGAAGCCGACACCGCCAGAGGUCUUGGCUCGUUUGCAGCACCUGAAUGCAUGCUACGAACGUAAAUACCCCGGCCUGCGGUAUAUUACCUUUGUCAACGGACGAAACCGUGCUGCCAUUGCCGAAGAGAUGGAGAGCAUGCUUGGAAUUUCUCAUUCAUUAUCAGAUGUGGACCCAGAGGUGGAAAGCAUAUCACCAAUUGAUGUCGAAGGCGAUGAGUGGAGAAAGGAACUAAGCCGCGCAGUCUACGACGUUGGACAAAUUGCAAAGAGUAGGCUCGGGGCAUUGGGUGUUCAUUGA